AUGUCGGACUUCCAGGAAGAUGAAUACCCUAAUGAGGGAGCCACUCUCAGCCUCUGCGGAGACUCGUUCUUCUACAGUGGGCCGGCCAUGAGCUGCGGUCGUGUCCAAGACACCAUCGGGCUUCCGCAUGAACAGGAAUACGAUCAUCGUACGGGCACUGACAUCACCAACUACGUCGUUCUCGGACCAAGGAACCACUACUUUCGCUGCACUCGUCCCCGCGAGGGGAAUGUCGCAGCCAUCAACAACAGCGACCUCGAAGACUACGAGGACUUGGUCGUGUUCCUAGACGAACACGACGUCGAACGCCCAGAGAUUCUGUCCCUGGGCGUCAACGGUCACUACUUCAUCCGAGCGGAGAACGGCGAGGAGAAAUGGGACCUCCCCGCGCAGGUCACGCAGAAGCUCUUCACCCCCACGGCGGCCUCGCCCAUCGCCAACGUGUGGCUGGGGUGCGGCGACGCCUUCGUCGCGCAGCGCCAGGACGGCACCAAGGUGGUCGAGCUGCACGGCCAGUAUCCCGGGCUGAAGGAGACGCUGGAGAACGGCUGCGUUGUCGCCAUGGCCAUGAACCUGCAGGACGGCCUGGGCUACGCCGUCCUGUGGGCGAACGGCACCGCGCAGUGCGAGGGCGGCAUGCUGAGGAUGGACUGCGGCAAGGCACUUGAGCGGUGGUGUGCUGCGAAUGGCAUCGUGUUGGAGGGUGUCCUGGAUAGUUGUGGAGCUCAUCCGCCGUUUCCUUCUGGAACUGCAGGUCAUUCCUAG